CAAUCACGUACCCUGCGCAUAAUAGCUCGCAGCAGUCAGAGACAGAGACUGAAACAAAAACUAACAAUAAACCACAGAUGGAGGAAAGAGAGUAAACACACACAUUUGUCCUCUCCCAUUUUUGGCAAGCGAAAGCUUUACCUUUCUUCUCUUCCAUUCUAUUUAUCUUCAUUGCGCCUUUUCCCUAGGGCUUUUUUUAUUCCCUAGCAAGUAGUAUUUUAUAGCAUUCAAUUCCAUUGAAGAAAAGUUACAAAACCUUAAAAUUGGCUUUGUUUUGGUUUGGAAAAAUACACCGACAUUGUUCUUAUUAUGUGGCUGUGGCCGUAGAAAGAAAGAGAAAUCACGUAAUUUUGGCCGCAGUGGAGAUUGCUAUUGAAGCAUUGCUGAGACGAACAACAAAAGGCUCGUUUUGAUGCACAAGGUUUAACUAUUUAUGGGUUUUGGCAUGGAAGGAUGAUGAAGUGUCUUCUUUGGUCCAUUCCGUGUGCUUUCUUGCCUUGCAAAAUGUAUCCUCACCAUGAUGCUUCUAGAAAGCAUAGCAAGCUCUCGAACUCAAGGCUUGCAAAUCCACUGCUCCAGCUACUAUGCCCAAGUCCAGGUUUUUUCUGCUUCUGGUUUCUUCAACUUUCUACCAUGGGUCUGAAUGAAAAACCUUUACACCUACAUAGUCGAAAUAAAGUUCAACAUCCCUUGGCUGUAUCCAGGCAUGCUUUCAGUGAUCUAUCCAAUGUUUCUCCAGUGGUUUUCCUCUACCUCUUAAAGGAAUGCUAUGUCUAUGGAACCUGCAAGGCGACUGCCAAGUUUCGUGUUCUGCAACAGCAAGUGUUUGAAUCUCUGUACAAUGAUCCUCGACCCGGAGCAGCCAUCUUUGUUGCUCAGUGCCUGUAUGUGUUGCCUAUAUUUGAGUCACACUGUGACGGAUUCAGUCAUUUGAUAAUAUCUGCUCUUCGUCGUUUCCUGAAAGUGGGAAAUGGCAUGAAAGGUAUAUUGAAAGCUAAACUAUUGGCUGCCAAAUUGUUUCUGGCUAUUGUUGAUGGAACUCUGGUUCAUGAAGAAAGAAUUUUAGUCAAAAUCCUUGAACUUUUUGAUGUCAGUCUGUCAAACAUAGAAAAAGCUAUGUAUGAUACAGAUGAGAAGGAUCAAACAUGCCAGGAGAUGGCUAAGGUAUUGGUUGAACAAUAUAUUCUUAGGUUAGUAGAAUCCCAGUCAUACAUGACCGCAGUUUCUUUGUUGGAACACUUUUCUAUCCGGGAAUCUGGGGAAUCUUUUCUGCUUAAAAUGAUGGAAAGCAAACAAUACAGAGCGGCAGAAAAGUGGGCAACUUUUAUGGGGAAGCCAAUCUUGUGUACCCUUGUCCAAGAAUACGUUGACAGAAAACUGCCAAAGUAUGCUUUUGAUGUUAUAAGGCAACACAAUCUUCGGAAGGAGUUCCCAGAAAUAUAUCAUCAAUACAAAGAAAGCAAACUGAAGAAACUAGCAGAACAGGGUUGCUGGGAUGUUGCAGAGGCGAGAGUGAAGGAUGAUCCUCAACUUCUUGAGUACUUGGUUUAUUUGGCUAUGGAAGCUGGUUACAUGGAGAAGGUUGAGGAACUCUGUGAACGGUAUUCCCUUGAAGGUUUCAUAAAUGCCAGAGCGCUUGAGGCAAAUUUUCCGAAAGACCGAUACUUGCAGCUUGAUGAAUUGUCAAUAAAGGAAGUAGUCUGGGUAGAUGAAGUGAAUGGCUUGCAUGAUGCUACAUGCCACAUUGAAGAAUGUAAAGUUGUGGGCGUUGAUUGUGAGUGGAAGCCUAAUUACGAAAAGGGAAGCUCAUCUAACAAGGUUUCUAUCAUGCAGAUUGCUUCUGACAACAAGGUUUAUAUACUUGAUCUGAUAAAGUUAUAUGAAGAUGCUCCGGAUGUAUUGGAUGACUGCUUAACCCGCAUAUUGCAUUCAACAAGAGUACUGAAGCUUGGUUACAACUUCCAGUGUGACAUGAAGCAGCUUGCUGGGUCUUAUGGACAGUUGCAAUGCUUCAAGCACUACGACAUGCUACUUGAUAUCCAGAAUGUGUUCAAAGAACCAAGGGGUGGUCUCUCUGGUCUGGCAAAGAAAAUCUUGGGCGCUGGAUUGAACAAAACAAGAAGGAAUAGCAACUGGGAGAAACGGCCUUUAACUCAGUUUCAGCUAGAAUAUGCUGCUCUUGAUGCUGCUGUUCUUAUUCACAUAUUUCGUCAUGUUCGAGACUAUACACAACCUGCUGCUGGUGACCCUGGUGGGCUUUCCAAAUUUGAGUGGAAGUCUCACAUUGUUUCCCAUAUUGAUAAUUCAAAGAUUUCGAAAAAGGAAGCUAAAAGACAAAAGGCCAAAACUGAUAAAGCUCCACAGAGCAUGAAAUCUAAGGAGCUUUUUGAACAAACUUAAACUUAAAGCUAGGAAAUAUAGUUAUGAAAUACCUCAAUUUUACUCUGUACAUAUUUUUCUUCUGAGAACAUGUUAACAGCUUAAACUCUUGCUGGUUUGUGUGUAUAUAGAACAGUAUUGAGAAUAUUACUGUAUAUUUAUUUGUAUCAAUGCUGAGUCAGCAUUAUUAGUUAGCAUCAGUUAGUCAAUAAGUCAAUAUGUAUAUAUAUGUACUGAGAGCAACCUUUUUAGUUAGUUUUUGGUUAAUAUCAAUUUCAGUUAACCGA